UUUACCCUGAUGUCGAGGGUCCCCUUGAAGAGGAUGAGCCCACACCCUCGGCACCCAAUGCACCACCCCCUUAUCGACAUGACAUUGAUAGAUCGGAAGGCCCCGCCGCCGAAACCAGAAGCCGCCAAGGGGCCAGCCCAGAGGGACCCCCCCCUUGACCCCACCUUCCCGCUCCGAGUUUAUGGCCCCCCUGUCGAUCCCCCUGAUCUACAACCCUUGCAGUAUUGGCCUUUUUCUUCUGCAGAUCUUUAUAACUGGAAAACUAACCAUGAUUCCUUCUCUGAGAAUCCUUCUAGUUUAACUAACCUCAUAGAGUCUCUGAUGUUCUCCCAUCAGCCCACGUGGGAUGACUGUCAACAGCUUUUACAGGUUCUUUUCACCACUGAGGAGAAGGAGUGGAUCAUCCUUGAAGCUCGGAAGCAUGUCCCAGGGCCAGAUGGGACCCCUACCCAGAUGCCCAACCUCAUUGAUGCUGCUUUUCCCCUCGACUGCCCCCCUUGGGACUACAACACAGCUGAAGGUAGGGAGCGGCUGUCCACAUACCGCCGGGCUCUGGUGGCAGGUCUCAAGGGGGCAGCUCGUCGCCCCACCAAUUUGGCCAAGGUAAGAGAGGUGCUCCAGGGACCCACAGAGCCCCCCUCUUUGUUUUUAGAGAGACUUCUAGAGGCGUACCGGAGAUACACCCCCUUUGACCCUACGUCAGAGGGGCAACAGGCAGCAGUAGCUAUGUCCUUUAUAGGUCAGUCCUACCCAGACAUAAAGCGUAAGUUACAGAGAUUGGAAGGCUUACAAGACCUUACAGUAAGAGACUUAGUUAAGGAGGCAGAGAAAGUGUACCAUAAGAGAGAGACGGAGGAAGAGAAGAGAGAGAGAGAGAAGAAAGAAAGGGAAGAGAGGGAAGAUGAGAGAGAUAGACGUAGGGACCAGAAUUUGACUCGUAUACUGGCCGCAGUAGUACCUGAAGGGAACAGAAGUGUAGGAAGGAAGACAGGGAACCUGGGCAACCCACGCCAUCGAAAUGACUGGAGCACACCGGACUGGAAAAGAACGGACAGAGACCAAUGUCGCCUCUGCAGGAGGAAAGGACAUUGGGCCAGGGACUGCCCAAACCAGAAGGAAAAGAUUCGGGGUCCUAAGACCCUGGCCCUAAGGAAUGAAGAUGACCAGGGCAGUCGGGGCUCGUAUUCCCUCCCCGAGCCUAGGGUAACUUUAGAUGUGGAGGGAACCCCCGUGGAUUUUCUGGUUGAUACGGGGGCACAGUUCUCAGUUCUACAACAUCCUAUGGGGAAACUCACAAACAAGACUAGUAUAGUAGUGGGGGCAACCGGCACGAAAAUACACAAAUGGACAACAGCCCGCCGCGUUAACCUAGGGGCCGGUCGAGUAUCACAUUCUUUUCUAAUAAUUCCUGAAUGCCCCACCCCCUUGUUCGGAAGAGAUCUGUUGACCAAGAUGAAUGCCGAAAUCCAGUUCUCCAGGCCGGUAUGGACUUUAACCUUUAAACUGGCUGACGAAUAUCGCAUACAUGAAAAAGGUAACAAAAUGGACAACCCACAAUGGUGGCUUUCAAGGUUCUCUGAAGCCUGGGCAGAGACGGGGGGGGGGGUUGGGAUGGCCUCCCAAGUACCUCCCAUAGUAAUCAUAGUCAAGUUGGGUGCCACCCCUAUCAGCGUACGCCAGUAUCCUAUGAGCAAGGAGGCAAGAGAGGGCAUCCGGCCCCACAUAAACAAGUUUUUACAGCUGGGCAUCUUAACCCCAUGCCGAUCCCCCUGGAACACCCCACUACUCCCAGUAAAAAAGCUGGGAACACAAGAUUACCGACCCGUUCAGGACCUGAGGGAAGUUAAUAAACGAAUAGAAGAUGUACACCCCAUAGUGCCUAAUCCUUACACCCUCCUCAGCACUCUGCCACCAGAGAGGAUAUGGUAUACUGUCUUGGAUCUCAAAGAUGCUUUCUUAAGCCUGAGAUUACAUCCCAACAGCCAACACCUGUUUGCCUUCGAAUGGAAGGAUCCAGAGACGGGACAUUCUGGACAAUUGACCUGGACCAGACUGCCACAGGGAUUCAAGAAUUCACCUACCCUCUUUGAUGAGGCCCUACAUCGGGACCUGACAAUUUUCAGGACCAAUAACCCACACCUGACUCUUCUUCAAUAUGUUGAUGAUUUACUUCUGGGGGCUGAAACCCAAGGUGAGUGCCAAAAAGGAACUCAACAAUUACUAGCAGAUUUAGGUCGUUUGGGAUACCGGGCGUCAGCAAAGAAGGCACAGUUGUGUCGCACCGAAGUGACCUACCUGGGCUACAUCCUCCGAGAUGGAAAACGGUGGCUCACCGAGGCCCGGAAGGAGACUGUGCUCCAGAUACCAACACCUCAAACGCCUCAACAGGUAAGAGAAUUCCUAGGCACAGCCGGGUUCUGCCGACUAUGGAUUCCUGGGUUCGCUGCACUGGCUGCCCCACUCCACUCUUUGACCAGGUCAGAGACUGAGUUCCAAUGGAGGUCUGAGCACCAAGCGGCUUUUGAUGCCAUCAAACAGGCCUUAUUGACCGCACCCGCUCUGGUCCUACCAGACUUAACCAAACCUUUUACGUUGUUUGUGGACGAGAAGGCAGGGGUGGCGAAGGGAGUGCUGACCCAGACCUUGGGCCCUUGGAAGCAGCCCGUGGCAUACCUCUCUAAGAAACUGGACCCAGUGGCUAGUGGCUGGCCGUCCUGUCUCAAGAUCAUCGCGGUGGUAGCCAUUCUGGUAAAAGACUCUGAUAAACUAACAUUAGGCCAGCCAGUAACAAUCAUAGCCCCACAAGCCUUAGAGAGCGUCAUCCGACAGCCCCCUGACAGGUGGAUAACCAAUGCCCGCCUGACUCACUACCAGAGCCUCCUAUUAAAUGAUAGGGUCUUGUUUGGGCCCCCCGUCAUUCUGAACCCAGCCACGUUGCUUCCUGAGGCAACUUCUUGGUAUGCAGAUGGCAGCAGUUUUCUGGUGGAAGGAAAAAGAAGGGCUGGAGCGGCAGUGGUAGAUGGGAAAAAGACUAUUUGGUCCAGUGGACUACCGGAAGGCACCUCAGCCCAGAAGGCAGAAUUAAUAGCCCUCACUCAGGCAUUGAGACUGGCUGAAGGAAAAAAUAUUAACAUCUAUACUGACAGCCGCUACGCCUUUGCCACUGCCCAUGUACACAGGGCCGUCUACCGGCAGAGAGGACUCUUGACAUCCACAGGAAAAGAGGUCAAAAAUAAAGACGAGAUCCUCAGCCUCCUAGAGGCUGUACACCUCCCAAGAAAGGUGGCCAUCAUUCACUGUCCCGGGCACCAGAGGGGACAGGAUGCUGUGGCAAAGGGCAACCAUAUGGCAAACGCCACUGCCAAACAGGCUGCACUCGGGGCUGUGAUCCUGCUGGUAGUAGGUAAAGAGCUCCGCCCAAACCUGAGAGACUCCAGUUUUCAAUAUUCCCCAGAAGAAUUAGAAGAGUUUCACCGUUCAGACUGGAUCCAAGGCUUCUCUCCCUAUGGUGUGGCGGAGACAACAGACGGUAAACAAGUUCUUCCAGACCAGCAAGGACGUGAGUUCAUUACUAAUCUCCAUCGUCUGACCCACUUAGGUACGAGAAAACUGAUAGAGCUCGUGAAGUCCUCUGAAUACCACGUCCAGAGACUGCCAGACAUAGUCCAAGAAGUUGUACAGAGUUGUCAAGCAUGUGCCCUUGUCAACUCCAAUAGACCCCCGUCUCUCCAUGGCAAAAGGCUCAGGGGAGAUAGGCCGGGGGCUCAUUGGGAAAUUGACUUUACAGAAAUAACUCCAGCCAGAUAUGGUAAUAAAUAUCUAUUAGUGUUCAUAGACACCUUCUCAGGCUGGGUGGAAGCAUUCCCUACCCGCUCAGAAACAGCUCAAGUGGUGGCUAAGAAGAUAUUGGAAGAGAUCUUUCCGCGGUUUGGACUCCCCAAGGUAAUCAGGUCUGACAACGGACCUGCUUUUGUUGCCCAGGUAAGUCAGGGGCUGGCCAGUCAACUGGGGAUUAAUUGAAAAUUACAUUGUGCUUACAGACCCCAGAGCUCAGGACAGGUAGAAAGAAUGAAUAGGACCCUAAAAGAGACCUUAACUAAAUUGGCCUCGGAGACCGGCGGGAAAGAUUGGACAGCCCUCCUUCCCUUCGCCCUGUUCCGUGCUCGGAACACUCCUGGGAGGUUUAAGCUGACACCGUAUGAGAUCUUAUGGGGCAGUCCGCCCCCUAUAGGUGAAGUUGGGGGAGUACACGAUCCUGACCCUCCUCUUUCUCAACCCCUCCUCACCUGCCUCAGGGCUCUUGAGAUUGUCAGGCGCCAGGUGUGGUACUUGCUGAAGGAGACCUACCGGACGGAGAGCCCCGAGAUCCCCCACGGAUUCCAGGUUGGAGAUCUGGUUCUGGUCAGACGUCAUCGAGCCGGCAACCUUGAACCUCACUGGAAAGGACCCUACUCGGUUCUACUCACCACCCCAACCACUAUAAAGGUUGACGGAAUAGCCGCCUGGAUCCACGCAUCGCAUGCCAAAAGAGCUCCCAAGACUCCUGAAGAUGAAUGGACUGUGGAAAGGACUCCUCACCCUCUUAAGCUUCGCCUUCGCCGCCGUCUCGUCCCGGGUGGGGACAUCGAAUAAGGAUCCACAUUCUCCCCAGCAACUAACUUGGCAGGUUUUCUCUUCAACCGGAGACCUGGUGUGGUCCGUCACCGGUAAACAUCCACUCUGAACCUGGUGGCCACCGCUGUACCCGUCCUGGUGUAAGCUGGCUGUGGGGGCACCAGGGUGGGGCUUAGAGCAUCUGGUCCCUGACGAGGUAAAUGACAUGCUAGAUUUCUCACCACACAUGUACACCUCCCCAUGGUUCGGAGGACAAGGAGCCGCUCGCGCUCCACUCCCGAAACCGAUGCCAGCUGUCGGACUCCUGGGGCUAGGACAGAACUAACUAAGACUCCCUUCUAUGCUUGCCCAAAGAACAGGCCCCUUAGAUCUGAUAUGUG